AUGAAUGUUACAUUCUCUGGAAACGUUGGUAUUGAGAAGGCUGCUGGUGGCGUUUUGAAAAAGGGAAAGAUCAAUUUAUUGGUUGAUAUGUCCAUUAAGGUUAUUGUUUUCAACAAUUAUCUAUUCUCCAAGAGAGGUUUGAAUCUCAUUUUGAACGGAAUUCGUGAGCGAGAACGUAUCAACAGAAGCUCUAUAUUGGACGAGGAUCUCGAACGGGCAAGAAACAACGCUACACUUGAAAUGCCAACAACAAAGAAUUACACCACGUAUGAUAAUUCCUUUACCGGAAAGUUGAAGACUAUGGUUAAAGAAAAUGUUCAGCCCCACCUUGAUAAAAAGAUAGAAAAAAAGAGAGAAGAAAUUGUUGAUUCUAUGAUCAGUAAGGGUGGUAUUUCAGAAACUGCAGUUAAAUUGGUGAUUGAAUAA